UAGGAGCUGCGGAAUAUGGCCAAUCAGAAAGCUGCUUUUAGGUUGACACCAGGAAGUGCUUUCCCUGGAGUUUACUUGGCAGGAAAUCAGUCGUUGCAGGCUUCUGCCUUCUAUUUGCUAAGGAGGAGCAGUUUGGUGUGUCGCUGGGAAGCGUGGCAUUCAUGUGCCUUGAGCUGUAUAAAUCAGCAUUUGUUGUCAAGCUUACGUCCCCUGCUAAGAAAUACUCCAGUCCAUCAAAAGCUGACGCACAAGACUUCCCCGCUUCCCACAUCACACGGUGCCAUUUCUAUGGUAACUGCAUGCGAGGCUGGAGGCUGAUGGCUCCCCCACAGGCAAUGUGAAUGGCAAGUAAUUAGGCUGAUGGCUAGUGGAACACUUCACUUGGACAAAGGCCCCCUAAUACCUGAAGCCCAAAGUAUCUGAUAUUAAUAAUCGCAGCUCACCACUUCCAAUUACUCUAUAGGUACAUUCCAAUGUAACCGAGAUUUUAUUAUUAUAUUUUAUUAUUAUACAGACAUAGUGCUGGGUUUGUCGUUCUCCCUUUACACUGGUCCGUUUCAGCCAUCUGCCCAAAAAAUGACAGAAUUAUAUUUGUGAUAAUGAGCUACAACAAGCUCUUUGUAUUAGUAUUAUAGUAUCACUAAACGCCAUUAAAUAACACACCUGCCCUGAUAAAGCUGCUAAAUGGUUAUCCUGGCACAGAUAAUGGCAUUGGUUUUAAGGCUGGGCUGAAAAUAUUCUGUGUUUGAGAAAAACCCCGGUUGGAUUCCCAGGUAGAGACAUUACUACAGGAGAAUGUACAAGGAGAUUGAGAUAUUGUUUGUUUGUGUGUAUAUAUAU